AUGAAACGUCGUUCGGCAUUUUCCAGCAGUGUGGGACGAAAUUGUGCAUUUUCAUCUGGUUGCAGUGGGAUAACAAAUUCCCCCGGUAAUUCAUUCUAUCCUUCUGGUAAUUCAUCCCAUUUUCCCGGUUGUUCAGCUAGUACUGGUAAAAGUAAUGUACGUACACCAGCGCUUGGAGGGCGGUCACCGCAAUCCUCAUUAGAUUCGAGUGAUGUUGGACAGGUAUUGAUAUUCUUAUUAGAUUUGAAUGAUAUUGGACAGAUUUCAAUGAAUUUAAUGCGUGUUAAUGGAGCAAUUGCACCCUUCAAAGCAUUGCUAACAAAUCUGACAGGUCCGUCUGAUCCGUCAUCACCAGCAGCACCAAUAAAAGUUGGUCGGAGUGCUUCCUCACAGUAUCUUUCCAGUAGUGUUAGCCCAAAAAGACUUCAUAAAAUUGGCUCACAUUACGUGCUGGAAAAUGUCAAUCGAAAAGAUGGCAGUACAACUCGUUUAUUCGAUGCACCAAUUGUCAACAUUGAAAGUUAA